CAUGAAUACUAUUUUCUAAACAAAUUUUCGAACUUUAUUUAUUAUCUUAUUUCCCGGUAUUCACCACCUAUUUCCCACAUUCCUCCCAAGGUGUCGUCGUUUUGGACGAAUUCGUGCAAUUCGUCGUUCGUCGUGCAUGACGAGGACAGUGGUCGACUAUAACUUCCACUUCUCACUUCCUAAUGUCACACUUUCCGCUUUUCACGGUCUUCGGCGGGAGCAUCGUAUGACGGCAUUGUAGUUAGAUUUACUCAAAAAAUCAACUAUUUGGAAAUUUCGUAAGACAAAAACAAAGCAAAGAAAUAAUAAAGCUUUCCCGGAUUUUUUGAAAUAGCUUAACUUUAGUUAUUUGAAUCGAAAAGAAAAUAGCGGACUUGACUCACCUAGUGAACAUGACAACCAACUACAAGUUCAACUUUGAUUUCAAAUAAAAAAUAUUUCAACAGAACAAAGCCACGUAUAUCUUUAAAAUAUUGAAAAUAUUUUCACGUUUUUGUAAAUUGAAAAUUAUUUGAGUUUUGUUUAUUUUAUGCGGAGUCUUUUUGAACCUUCCAAAUGUCACGUUAGACCUUACUUUGACUCGGUUGGUGGCAGGUUCUGGAGAGAGAAACGGCACCGCGCCGCAAUUUUCAACCGUCAUCGUAUAGCAUCGUAGAGAGUGGUGGUCCAACGAGAUAAACUCCUGCUGAAUAACUAAAAGUUAAAGCUGAAGAAUAUGGCACCUUCACACGCCUACGUGCGCCUCAUUGGAGGCGAGACGCGAUUAACUGCCAAAGUCGUGGACAUGUAUAUAGUUACCAAUUACGAUUUGGAAAAAUUUGCCCCAAAGGGUCCCAAGUCCUUUUCCAAUGGGCAUGUCUAUGGAAUUAAGACGCCCGACCCAUCCGGUAUAUUAAAGUUGGUGAAGUGCAAGAUAAUAUUUUUGGCAGGUAAGAGAAUCACUUACAUCGUACUGUCCGAAUAAUACAAAUCCAUCGAUAAUUGCUCAAUAUGUUCUAAAUGCAGUGAGUAGCUUACUGCCAAUUAAUCACCAUAUUUCAGAUUGUGGAAUUCAAUUUAGUUAUGACAUGUCAGUGAGGCUACUUUUCUACAAAAUUUGCUAAUUAUUGAUGGAUCUGUGUUACUUGGGUGAGACAUUGUAGUUUCUGUCAUUUUGCUUGUGCGGCCAUCCCAGUAAACUCGAAACACUGCAUUUUGAGUCAUCUGACUGGUUUUAGAAGUCAAAGUGAGUGCUAGUGAUUGCCAAUUCAAAAUUCAGACAGAAAGUCACUCUUUGACGUCAAAACCCAGUCAAAUGACUCAAGGUUAGUUUUUCGUGUUUGCUGGAUGGUUAGCCUUAAAAUUUUCCUUAUUAUUGAACAUGUGUGUUGACUAAAAUAGUGAACAAUCUUAACCUCUUUCUAAAUCUCUGUACUUUCGGUUUCAGAAAGUGAAGAAGAAAUUUCAGAUGUGGUUAAAAACGGAAAGAUUCCACGGUGCGAGCCAGCUCGCUUUGAAAGCAACAUGACCCAAUCAGAAGACUUUGCCUUCUUUGAGCUUAAGAAAGAGUCAAAGUCCAGAUCAAGCAAUUCGAAGCAAGUGAUUAAGCCAGCCAACAAGAGUUUAAGUUCAAAGUAUAUUCGUAACUCAAAGCAGCCUGUUACUGGAGCAUCUGGGUCGGCUUCUUCUAGAACAGAGAUUCCCAAGAAGGACAGUGGUACAAAGCGGGUUCAUACUGAUGAUCAGCCAACCAGUAAGAGUUCUGUCAAUAAGAAGACCAAACCCGAUGAGUCAUUAUUGAAGCUGAAUAAUGCAACUCCUCAAGAUCCUCUGAGCUGUAAUGAGGAGAAAACGGGAACUCACAAUGAAAGUACAAUUUCUGAAGAAGAAGUAGAAAAUAUUAAAAAGAAUGAUGGCGAAGGUGAUACAUUGACUCCUGAAAUAUCUGAGGUUAAUAAGAUGAAAAACUCAAUUGUUGCUAAUAAUCUGUUUUCCAAGAAAGAUGGCAAAAAUGGUGAUACAUUGACUGAUGAUGAAAGUGCUGAGGUAAAGGAAGCAAAAUCAGGUGCUAAUGAACUGUUACCCAAUCAGAUUGUUUCUCAUGUAGAGACUAAAAAGACUAGAGAUAUCGGCUGUUUCUGCUCUCCUCUUACAUGUGGUUCAGAAGUAAUGAAAGGAAUGAAUCAGACUUUGGAAAGGCUAACUGAAGAAGUUAGUAAGUUCAAUGAAAUGAACCAGAGUUUGCACGCAACAGUGCAAGAUCUUAAGGCACAGUUAUUUCAAGGAGGGCAGUGGUCCCAGGCAACUGGCAGCAGCAGCAAAUCAAUUAUGGUUGAUCUUGGAGGCACUAGACUUGUGGACCGAGAGUGGGCUGAAAAGAUUGUGUGGAGGAAAAGUGAAUCUCUAAAGUGGAAAAUGGAAAGCAUUUUAAACAGAAUUUUUACUGAAAAAGAUUUGAUUCAUCUAUGGUUUGAUAAAACAUGUAUGACAGAGGAACAAGACAAAAUCUUCCCUGAAGAUUGUGUGGAGAAGUUAAAUGAGUUCUUUGAUGAAGCCAAUGAUGUUAAGACAAAACUUGAAAUAACAAAGCAGCAAGCAAGAAUAAGAGAAAGAAUUCAAGACAAGGAGCAAUGCGAAAGGAUGUGCGAUCAAAUUAAUACCACUUUGACCAUGGAAAAUGAACCGUUGUCUCGUGGCACAGUCAGACAGACAAUAAGUAAGGUUUUAUAUGAUGCCAAAAGCAGGUAUCGGAAGGAUAAUAAUGUAGUAUUGGGGGUUUUGGGAGAGCCAAGAUCAUGUGAACAACAGAUCGCAUGAGUGGUAAAUGGCGACGAGUUGAAGGCUCGCGCCUCUAUUUAUUCAUUGUUUGGCAUAACAACAAGAAGAACAAGGCGAUCGUAAAACAAUUAAAGGUUCAGGGGUCUGAGUGUAGGUGUCGCCUCCAUAGUGAUCACUAGUGGCCGUGACUGAGGGUAUUCUGCUGUAACCUGGUUAGGUUAAUGUUACCAUAAUACUACACUACUCCCUUCUUUUUAGAACCCUUCCCUAAAAAUGCUCCGAAAAUUUAAACAAUCACAAGAGCUUCGCCUUGAACUUCAUACAAUACACUUGGACGUUAACGUACAAAUUGAUUGAACUGACUCUACUUUUAAACAUUGUUGAUAAA